CGGGGCCAAAGCUGUGAGGGGCCGCGGGACCCCCCCGGGGUUGGGGCAGGACGAGACGAGAUGCUGCUGGCCUGGCUGUGGCCGCUGGUGGCCGUGACCCUCGGGGGGUCCCCCCACGCCCCCCACCCCCAUUUCGGGGGUCCCCAGUCCCACAGCCACGACGACCCGAGGGGCUUUUUUGGGACCACGCCGCCAUUUGGGGGGCGCAGGAGGCGCGGGAGCAGCGGGAGCUGCCCCCCGAGGAGUCCCGAAGGAGGCUGGGGCUGCUGGUGGGGCUGAUGGACGCGGACGCGUCCGGGGCGGUUUCGCGGCAGGAGCUGCGCGCCUGGAUCCUGCGCAGGCACCGCGGCUCCCGCCAGGAGGCGCUGCGGAGCGAGAGCGCGCGCCUGGACCGCGACCGCGACGGCGUCGUGACCUGGGAGGAGUACAGAACCGAGAGCUUCGGGGACACCGAAGAUUUUGGGGGCUCCCCCGACCCCGACUCCCACCGGAAGCUUCUGGAACGUUCCCGGCGCCGUUUCCGGGCCGCCGACGAGGACGGCGACGGGCGGCUGGGGCCCGACGAGCUCGACGCCUUCCUGCACCCCGAGGACUUCCCCCGGCUCCAGGACCUCGUGGUGCAGGAGACGAUCGAGGACCUGGACCGGGACGGGGACGGAUUCAUCCAGGUGGACGAGUACAUCGCUGAUUUAUUCGAGGGCCCCCCCGGCUCCCCCGAGCCCCCCGAAAUCCAACGGGAACGGGAGCAAUUCCUAAAAAUCCGGGAUCGGGACCGGGACGGGCGCCUGGGACCCCCCGAGGUGAAACUUUGGCUCAGCCCCCCCAGCCCCGACUGGGCCGGGGUGGAGGCCGAGCACCUCAUCCACCACGCCGACCUGGACCUGGACGGGGCCCUGAGCCGGGAGGAGAUUUUGGGCCGUUGGGAACUUUGUGGGAGCCGAGCCACCGACUACGGGCAGGACCUGCACAGGGCCCACGACGAGCUCUGAGCCCCAAAACCGCCCCAAAAUAUCCAAAAAACAUCCCAAAAUAGCCCCCCAAAAUUCACCAAAAUAGCCCCCAAAAAUCACAAAAAUAUCCCCAAAAAUUCAUAAAAAUAUCCAAAAAGUUCCCCCAAAAAUCACAAAAAUAUCCCCAAAAAUUCCCCCCCAAAAUUCGAAAAUAUUCCCAAAAAUAUCCCAAAAUAGCCCCCAAAAAUUCACUAAAAUAUCCCACUAAAUCCCCAAAAAUAUCCCAAAGUAGACCCCAAAAAUUCACAAAAAUAUCCACAAAAAUUCACAAAAUAUCCAAAAAAUGCCCCCAAAAAUUCACUAAAAUAUCCCCAAAAAUUCAUUAAAAUAUCCAAAACAUUCCCCAAAAACAUUCCAAAAUAGACCCCAAAAAUUCACCAAAAUAUCCCCAAAAAUCCCCAAAAAUAUCCCAAAAUAGCCCCCAAAAAUAUCCCAAAAUAUCCCCCAAAAAUUCACCAAAAUAUCCCAAAAAUUCACCAAAAUAUCCCCAAAAUUCACAAAAUAUCCCCAAAAAUAUCCCAAAAAAUUCCCCAAAAAUUCACCAAAAUAUCCCAAAAUAGCCCCCAAAAAUUCCCCAAAAAAUACCAAGAAUAUUCCCAAAAAUAGCCCCCAAAAAUUCACCAAAAUAUCCCUAAAAAAUCACAAAAAUAUCCCCGAAAAUUCACAAAAAUAUCCCCAAAGAUUCACCAAAAAAUCCAAAACAUAUUCCCAAGAAUAGACCCCAAAAAUUCACAAAAAUAUUCCCCAAAAUUCCAAAAAAUUCACAAAAAUAUCCUCAAAAUAUUCCCAAAAAUAUCCCAAAAUAACCCCUCAAAAUUCACCAAAAUAUCCCCCAAAAAUCGCAAAAAUAUCCCCAAAAAUUCAUAAAAAUAUCCAAAAAAAUUCCCCCAAAAAAUCACAAAAAUAUCCAAAAAUAUUCCCAAAAAUAUCCCAAAAUAGACCCAGAAAUUCACCAAAAUAUCCCCCAAAAAUCACAAAAAUAUCCCCAAAAAUUCCCCCCCAAAAUUCGAAAUAUUCCCAAAAAUAUCCCAAAAUAUCCCCCAAAAAUUCACCAAAAUAUCCCCAAAAAUUCACCAAAAUACCCCAAAUUUUGGGUAUUUGGGAAUAAAAAUUUGGGGUCGUUGCCCCAAAACCAAAAA